AUGGCAGGAGUCGAGGUUGCACAGCUUGCUCAGGUGGAUGUUUCCAAAACUAGCAGCCUGCCAGUUGAAGGAUAUGACAAGAAAUGUAUUUUCUGCAAGAUUAUAAACAAAGAAAUGGACACGGAGCUUCUUCACUGUGAUGAGGAGAUCUCAUGUUUCAGAGACAUCAGACCUGGAGCUCCCCACCAUUACCUGGUUGUCCCAACCAAACAUGUUGGGAACUGUAAAUCUCUCAGUAAAGAACACGUGCCUUUGGUGAAGCAGAUGGUCGAGACAGGGAAGGAGAUCCUCCAGAAAAACAACGUAACCGACCUUGUUGAUGUCAGGUUUGGAUUUCAUUGGCCUCCAUUCUGUUCUGUCACACACCUACACCUCCAUGUCCUGGCACCUGCUAGUCAAAUGGGCUUCAUGUCCCGCCUCGUCUACAGGCUCAACUCCUAUUGGUUUAUCACAGCAGACCAGCUGAUUGAGCUUCUCAGCUCUAAGGGAGAGACCAACUGAUCACUUUGGAUCCCAUUCCUGCUGUUUACCACUAAACAUCCAACCUUUUGGAGAUGUCAUGUUGAAUGACGCACACUCACACUCAAGUUGCUGUCUGUCUGGUCAGAGCCAAUGACAGUAUUUUAAGAUGGUGACAUAUUUGGAACAACAGGCCACUUAAAUUUUUUUUUGGUAUCAAUGCUUUUAAGAGUAGAAGGCAAAUGGAGGCUUGAAUAAAACCAAAUCUUGUUUUUUGCUACCUGAGACGUGUCACACAAAUGUUCUAGGAUCAUAGGUAAAUAGUUGUUUUAGUGUGUUUGCAGAGGGUGUUAAUUGAAUCUACAUUAAUUCACCACAAUAAAAUGCAUUUACAGUAUGGAUCAAGUAGCAUACAGCUUGAUUCACAUCUGUUAACGCUGAAGAUAUUCUUUCUUAGAAGUAGAACAAUAGAUGUAUUGAGAGGACCAUAAUGAAAUGAUGAUGAUGUUUUUAUUAUCGGCAUUUCACAGCAAGAGACGGCCAAAUAAUUCACAAACUAUUUCUUGACAUGCAGGACUGCCUUAAUGCUUUGCAGAGUUUCUGAAAGUAGCUGAAAUUCAUUUAGACUGUAAGAAAAAAUGAAUUUGUAUAAUUCCUAUACUGACAGAAGAUAUCAGACAGUUAUGUAUACGAUGAGUUCCUCAGCUAUGUUGAGUCAUCUCUCUACUGAUGGGCAAUUUGUGGCCUAGCUGACAUGGGUCAAAGCACAGGAACAUCUUCAUUAACGAUUUAUAAGAUUCCUAUACAGUGAAAGCAGCUAAGUCAUCCUCUGACACUGUAAAGUAUGCUCAAUGAUCUCAGCAAGCACUGAAAUACGUAUCAUGGAGUUUUUGUUAAUACACACUUAUUUGUAUUUGAUUUGAUGUAAUGUCUCCUGAUUGUGUCAGGACAUAAUACGAACUGGUGCAUGAAAUUAAUGUUUAUGCUAUACUGUACGGCUGAAUAUUGGCAGUGCAAAGAAAGAAAAUCAUAAUGUCUGUAUUGUACAAAAGGGAAUGCACUUUAAUUAUUGAAUUUAGAAUAAAUAAUAUAUUGCUGCUC